GAGACAGGGAGAGCUGCCUUCUGCUGGUGCUGACUGAGCCCUGUGUUGGACAUGAAGAUCUGCUCCUUGGCCCUGCUCACCCUGCUGCUGGCAGCUCCCUGGACUGGAAGCCAGGGCAUGUCCCUCCGCACAUCCCAUGCCAUGUGCUGCCACAAGGGCAUGUUCAUCAGGCGGGAAAUCCCUGCAUCCAAAAUCAAGAGCUACCAGAACACACCUUCCCUCUGCUCCCGCAAGGCUGUGAUUCUGAAGCUGCAGAAGGGGACGGUCUGUGUGGAUCCAGAGGUGAGCUGGUUCCAGAAGUACCUGAAGGAAAAGAAGCUAAUCAACACCUCCAUGUGAAGCUGCCUUCCCCACAAGCUCUAUUUAUUUGUUUCCCAUAAUUAUCUGUAUGUUCUUGUGUCAUUAAUUUAUGGAGCUGGCUCCGUCCCCUCCCCUGCCAUCGGCCCCUCCAUUGUCCAGUACAUCCCUCA